UUUAAAAUUGAAAAUCCUAAAUUGCGAAAGUGUAAACCUCCAAAGUCGAAAUAUGGUGUUCUGUAAACGUUACCUAUUUCUAUCCAUGUUCAACUUGGUUGUAUGGAUAUUUUGCCCUCUUGUAUAUAAUUUUACAAUGUCUAAACAUGUUCUGACCCAUUUCCAACGUUUAAGUGUAACCAAUUUUUACCUUCCCCUUUCCAAAAAAUCCUACAAUAAAUAUUUUUUCCUUAGUUAUGUCGUUAAAACCAUGUUUGUCACGACGAUUGCCUUAUUUAUGCUUAGUUUUGAUAUAUUUUAUUUCACAAUUUGCACGGCAAUAGCUGCCCAAUACGAGAACUAUACUGAUGGAACUCAAAUGUACGAAGAAUUGAAAAUCAUAAUAUCCGAUUAUCAAAAUGUGCAUUUAUACAUGAAAGAAUUCUGUUCAAUAGUCCGUCCGGUCGUAUUGGUUGAAGUGGUUCUUUGCUUCUUCUCAAUCGUCACAUGUUCUUAUAUAGUGGCAUUGCAAAUUGUGACCCAUUCGUUUAGUGUUGUCGACUUUUUACCGGCAUUAACAACUAUGGUAACCUAUUGUAUACUAUUGUACAUCUAUCUUUAUUUUACGGACCUUAUGAACGAAAAACGAGAUGGUGUAAACUUUGGGUUGUAUAGUUGCGAUUGGACGGCAAUGGAUAAACGUUUUAAAAAGUUGAUUAUUUUAGCAAUGGCAAUGAAUAAUGCGAAUCAGUUGAAAAUCAAAGCCACGCCGAACCGAGUCAUCAACUUGGAGUUGUUUUUAGUUGUUUUACGCACAUCAUACACUAUUUUAUCGUUUAUGGUUAACGCCAAGUUGUCAAGUUCGGAUAAUGUUAAUUAACAUUCAGUUAAAGAAAAACAGAUAUCCAAGUAGCCAAGUUCAAUAUUGUAAUAGCAGCCGGGCAAUCAAAAUAUAUUGGCAUAAUGUAGUAUUAAGUAUAGCGCAUGCACACCUGAUAGUGGUUUAACAUUAAUUAUAUUAUAUUAUAUUAUUAUUAUAAAUUGUUUAUUACAAUUAACAAUAUUAGAGAAAAGUAAGUUGUAAAG